GGUUACCUUGUCCACGUCUCCAUCAUCUUCUGUUCCAGUCGUUCAUAAGUAACGUUACGGUUAUGAGAUAUUUUCUCUGAUCGAGUUGUAAGGAAAUUCGUUAUCAUGUUUCGAGUUUUGCGUUUCCAAAUCUUUUUGCGAGUGUUUCGUUGAAAUUCCUUCGAUGUCGCGUGUAAGAAAAAAAGUAUUGAAAAUAGAGUCAGGAAAUUUGACGCGAAGGAUAAUACGCGCGUGAUAAGCUGGAAUCGGUCAACCUCGCAUGUCAUCCGGAUCGAGAUGUUUCUACCUAGAAGAUACUCGGUCCAACUGCAAGUCCUCCCGUUCAAGGAAGGACUCUCAAAUUGUCAUCCAAUCGAACAUUUCCACUUUAGUAUCUCACAGAGAGCGUCCGCUAUGUUCGGACCGAAGUCUACGAGCCGUGGCAAGGGUCGGCCAAGCGGUAAAUCUUGCGGUCGAGCGGUUCGUCACCGUUGGCGAAACAAUCGCCGACGAUAAUCCAGAAAUCAAACAAGCAAUGUACGAGGCCUGCAAAGAGGCGAGAGUUGCCGGUUCGGCAAUUGAAAAACUUUGCGAAUGUGCAAUGGAAGACAGCUUGGCUGAUCGAGGAUCGGUUGUUCGAGCAGCUCGUUGCCUCUUGGGUUCAGUAACACGAGUUCUUCUCCUCGCAGACAUUGUUGUUGUGAAGCAGCUUUUACUAGCCAAGGACAAGGUUGCUCGAAGUCUCGGACGUCUUGAGAGUGUCUCGAACUUUACGGAAUUCGUUAAAGCGUUCAGUCAAUUCGGCGCUGAGAUGGUGGAGCUGGCACACCUGACCGGUGAUCGACAAAAUGAUCUUAAGGAUGAACGACGGAGAGCUCAAAUGGCAGCUGCGCGUCAAGUCCUCGAAAGAAGUACAAUGAUGCUAUUGACAUCUAGCAAAACUUGUCUCAGGCAUCCUGAAUGCCCGUCCGCUAAGGAAAAUCGUGAUACAGUUUUUUGUCAAAUGCGACGAGCCAUGGAUUUAAUCCACUACGUUGUUAAAGAUGGUGUUUUGGACUGCAGCGAAGCACAAUCUUAUACGAAUUCUCAGAGCCCUCAGCAACAGGAUUGGGACAGUAGCACCGUUUGCUCAGCUUUGAAACACUUUGAGCGCCUGGUCGAAACAACAAGAAUGACAUUGCUGGGUCCAGGAUGCAGGGAGACGUUGACAGCUGCUCUCGAUACCGUUGUCGAGAGAACUCAAGACUUUACGGACAGUGCCUAUACGAGCCACGAGCAUCGGGAAAACAUCCUUUUGCUCUGUGACCGCGCCAAAUUGGAAUUAAACGCUCUUCUCAGAGUUGGCAAUAUGCAACAAAAUUUCGAGGGCGGCGGUGGUUCGCCGAGUUCCGAGAUGGAACAAGCCGUUUUGGCUGUACUCAGAGCAACGAGAGAUCUUCGACAACAAUUAAGCACGACGACAAUGGAACAGGCCGGUGAUCUUGGACAAGUGACGAAAGCUGGUCAAGAAUUGGUCUCAACGAUAAGAAAUUUAGCACUAACAAAUGACGUCGAUCGGUUACAAGAGAGUAGCGAUCGGUUUCACGAAUACAUUGAACAUAUUCUUGAAGUCUGUAAGCUACUGAGACACGUUGCCCUUUCGGAGUCUCUUCAAGUAUCGGCUAAAUUCACAGAGAUUAACUUGCGGAUUUAUGGACCUCAAGUAGUUACGGCAGCGCACACGUUGGCAAGACAUCCUACAAGCAAAAUAGCCAAAGAAAACCUAGAAGUAUUCGCUGACAUGUGGCAGUGGCUCAUGUCGGACGUGACGACGGUAGCUAAAGACGUUUUAGAAUUGAGUCAGAGCCGACCGGAGAAGCAGGUUUACAUGUCAUUACCACGACCAGGGAAACACGGAACGACGAGUAAGCCCCUGAAGCCAGUGAGAUUGGACAGCGAAGAACAGGCUAAGAUAGCAAAAGCCGGCCUGGAAAUGAAACUAAUAACAUCUGAAAUGGAUGCAGAAACAGAAAAAUGGCAGGAAAGUGGCUCUGCUCUGGAAGAAAACAAUGAUAUUGUUAAGAGAGCGAAAAACAUGUCGUCAAUGGCUUUCUCGAUGUAUCAGUUCACGAGAGGCGAAGGUGCACUUAAAACGACUCAAGAUUUAUUUACUCAAGCUGAAUAUUUUGCCGAGGAAGCCAACAGAUUGUACAAAGUUGUGAGACAAUUCAGUUAUCAGGUGCCAGGUGGGCCACACAAGAAAGAACUCCUGGAGAAUCUAGAUCGGGUACCGACCUACGUUCAACAGCUACAAUUCACCGUGAAAAAUCCCACCGUUGGUAAAGCUGCAACUUUCACAAAAGUUGACAAUGUCAUACAAGAGACGAAGAAUCUCAUGAACGUUAUAUCGAAAGUCGUCACAACCUGUUUCGUAUGCGCCACAAAGUACAACCUGGAUUUCCGAGGUCUGUCGGCGCGAGGGUCUGGCGGCUCGCCGUACAGGGGCGGAGAGGGUGGUGGUGCCGAUGGCGACGGUGGCGGUGCGGGUGGCGACGGCAGCAAGACGGGCUCCGCCCCCGGCAGCGAUCCGUCCGUCUGACAGUUUGGGAUGGCCCGACGGGCCAAGGGGGACGCUCGCCGUACUCGGGUCUCCUUUCUGCUUUUCUAGGGGGACAAUAUCUCCUGCCCCACCCGCUCCAGGCUGAGGUACCCAUUUUGGGGCCUGUCGCUUGACUCCCGAGAUCGCCGAAUGUCCAAAUUCCGAAGCUAAUCAACAUGCACGCGCGGAUAAACCAUUAUAGUCGUCAAGUUUCAAUGGGGCACAAUGCGUUCUUCCAUUGCAACCGUCGCGUUGAGGCGUUACUCAGCGACACGACUUGUUGAGAUGCGGAUACUACCGCGCGUUGACCAUUUGUCAAUUUGGACCGAAACAUCGGCGAACUCGUGAUUUUCGCUUGGCAAAUAUUUAACACCUGGCGUGGGGCUCCUAGAAAUAGCAUGGCUCGCCGUGGUCAUCCGGUAUUUAAAAUCCAGUACACAUUAUUAUAUACGCGUCCUCCAACACACUUCCAGAUACACUUAUCGAGUUGUGGAUUUUGCUAUUCAUUCAAACUUACGGCAAUUUUUUCAACGCGCGGUAUCUCAACGCACCGCGGUGUAGUAUCUUUAAAUCCGAGACUUGAUUCAUUAUUUUUCCUAUUUUUCCAUCGACGUUUCAGCUGUGUCUGCGUUCACUUGAAAAUAUGAAUUUUUUCAUUUUUCUAAAUUUCCAUACGCAGGCACCAUUGAUGCAGUGGUGAUCGGACGAAAUAGCUCAAACGUUAUUGGAAAACCCUUUUACGAACCGAUUACCAUUUUACAAUGUCACCCUGCUUUUUAAUCUGCUGUACUAUGUUUGUUCGUUCGUUGGAAAGAUAAAGUUGUUGAGCUCCAUGGCAAAUCCAUUUCUUAAAAUCAACACAACACAGCGACGCAUACACACGUGUGUUACUCUGAGACAUGGAAUCAUCGAUAUGUCAUCAUUACUAAACACAUUUCUUAAAUUUUAUAAUUAUACACAAAAUUCAAUCGAAAUAAGGUUUUUUUUGUUCUUAAUCGAUAAGCACUCGGAGUGAGUUUACGCAAAAAAGUUUUCAUCAUCAAAUUAAUAUCGAAAAUCGAAUUCGAUGAAAAUCUUAACUGCACAUUAUUCGAUUGUUUUCCGUACAAUAUAAAAAAGAUGACUAAGUAUCGAGUAUGCGGGUGCUUUGGUAAUUUAUUGUGCGGCAGUUAACUGCUUAUCUGCGAUAUAUUUAAUUGGCUAUUUUGUUUAAACGAAUGUCAGAUAUGCGCCGCUCUCGUAGAAAAAACAUCCGGUCGUCGUAGUCGCUUUUUCAGGCAUGCCAUCGUCGUCUUCAUCGUGUGUGAUCGUCCGUCGCGUCUGCCUCGUCGUAUCUUCGCCGUUUAUUGUCAAUCAUUAUAAACUAAAAAUGAACAUAAUCCAGCGACUCACGGUGUUAAAAUGGUGUGUCGACUGCUGAUUCGAUCGCAGCGGCUGGGCGCUGAGUUUCAUUUUUCACAGUAUCUGUUUUUAUCAUUGAUUUUGAUUUUUUUUUGUUUUUCGGAUAUUUUACCCGUUUAAACCGGCCGCCGAUCGGUGCAAUCAAGUAUACGAUAUAAUUUAUUAUUAUAUAUAAUAUGAUUCGUUAUGAAUUAUUACAAUCGGUGUUUCAAUCAACGCUCAAAUGUUUCGUUUACCAUAAUAGUUGAAAAAACUCCGAUCAUAGAGGGUUUUUGAAUGUUAUUUACAAAACCGCACUCACCGCCCAGACGCAUGCGAAAGACGAAAUCAAAUCGUAACCAAUAGUUGCUCAAAUAUAUGUUGCUGAUGUUGUUGCUGUUGUUGUUGUUGUAAUUAUUAUUAUUAUUAUUAUUAUUAUUAUUAUUAUUAUUAUUAUCAUCAUUAUUAUUAUUAUUGUUUGGUAAUUAAAAACAAUAUAUGAUAUGUCGAGGCAAAUUACGAAGUUGUAUCCGGCCGAAUGAAGAGAAGAAAGGCGAAAAAUGGAACGUCAUUUGAUUGUUCAAAUUUUUGUGAUUCGACAUUUUUGAUGCUCCGGAUAAAAAAUCGUAAUUAGCAUCUACACAGUCAUGUCGCUCGCAUUUGGAAAAAUCCAUAUGAAAAAUAAGCUCAGCGAUUGAUAGGUUGGUCGUCCCUCUCCAGUCAAGAUUUUUUUGUGCUAGAUUGCUUUAGACGAUCGGCAUGCAGCGUGAAUAAAAUAGUUCAAUGAUGGACUGAUUCAGUCAGCCAGCCGGCUCAUCGCUCCGUAUAGAAUCGAUGCUGUAAUUGCUUAGCUUUAGUAGAAACUAACGUGGUCGAGUGCAUUAUACACACCGAAUACAAAUUCAUUGAUUUCGAUUGUACAAAUCGUCUGUGAUCGUAUUAGAGCGGUCAUUUUGAUAAUCAUUGUGAUUAUAAAGAUUUCCAUGUUGGAACCGAACCCCCCCCCCCCCCUCGCAACGGUAAGAUAAUGAUUGAAGAACGAGUUGGACUCACGAAUAAUGAUGCUCUUUACCAAAAAAUUUAUUUUUCAUGGAACUCUGCAUGAUUCAUAUUCUGCAAUUGUUCGUGAAUCAAUCUCGACCACGCUGGUAAUUUAUAGCACGCGCUGCUAUGCGUUCAAAUUGCACAUUCGAAAAUAAAAAAAUACCACGCUAAUGUUUAUCUCCAUGAAAUCCAUCAGGUUUCGAAAACAACAAAAUUCUAUCAAUUUCAUCAAAAAAUAUGACAUGCACGGUUAUCACAGAAUGUACGAACAAUGAAAAAGUGAAAGAAGCACCAGAAAAUGUACUAAAUUAAAUAAUUGGAAGAAUCACACCUGAUUAUUAUGAGCGGCACGAUCGAGUCAAAUGACAAAUGAGAAAAAAAAUGAGGAACCUGUAUGAAUAAAGUAAUGGGGCAGGAGAUGAACCUGAGAGGGAGACCUGAGGGCGGCAGGAGGGCGGUCAGGGACGUACUUUGUGGCAAAAAAAAGGCGAGCAAACGAAACAAAAAUUUUCUUUUACCUGAAUAGUAUCGAGAAUAUUCAACGCUGCAACGCAAACGAACUGAGAAGAGCUUCAGUUAGCUAAGAAGAACAAAAAGGGGGGCGUCUUAAAGUUCCUCUCCGAUGAGACGAAAUAUGCGACGACGUUGAUAAAAGUAUAACUCAUAAAAAUGCUCAUGGCAAUUAUCACAAAAAAAAAAGAAAAAAAAAACAAUUAAUAUUACAUAUAGAUCCAAACGAAAUUAUGAAUUAAUACGUAAACUCGUUUUGUUUAUACUACGCGAUAAUUACAUAUAUAAAUAUAACGAAAUGUAUGACUCGAGCGAAAUGAGCUAAGCCUUGGGGCAAUUUAGUAUUAUAUCAAUUCAUCUAUUCAGACAAAUAACAAUAGUACCGUUGUAAAUAGACCGUUGACUAUAAGAUUAUUGGAGAGAAAAUGGAAGAAAUGUGUGACUAUAUAAACGUCGACCAUUCGUGCAUUUUUUGUGGUAUAACUAGAUAUUUAAAUUGGAACAUGUUGCGGAUUCAUGGUACGCGUUUGUACGUGAAAUUAUAUACAUACGCACACUCGCACACGCACACGCAUAUAUGUUACAUUAUAUAUAAAAACGUUCAUAUGUUAUCAGUUGAAUGCCACUUCUUUUAGAUUAGCUCCCUCUUGGCUACACUAAUUUGCUGCCCUGAAUUUAAGUUUCGUCGGUAACAUACGCUUCUAUAUAUACGUUUGCGUGUGCGUGCGCGUGCGUCGAUGCGAGUGGUUAAUACGUAAAAAAAAAUGUAUAAUAUAUAUGACGACCGAAUUCUGUGCAGCGCGAAGACUUUACAAGAAUUCCAAUGCUUAGCGAAUGGUUCGAAAUUUCAAGUUCAAGUGUCAGAGGACUCGCUGCUUCCUCGCAAAAACUAUUUUAUUAUCUAUUGGUUAAUAAUGAUUCGGGGGAGGGAGAAUAACGAUUAAAUAUCGAAAAAUAAAAAAAAAACAUGCUGGUAAGUUCCUAGAUAUAUAUGUUACUAAUGUUCAGUAAACGUGAAAUAAUCAUUCAAACAGAGCAAAGCUAAACAGGAUUCAAAGAAACUGACUCGCGAACCAUGACUAAUGUUUGACAAAGUUUUUCAUAAUUCAUCCGGUUAAAAUCUACAUCGAUAGCAUCGACCGACUCAUUCAUUGAGGUAUCUCUCAUUACCGGAUGAUUUACGUGCUUCUAAGCGAAAUGUUAUAACAAAUUAAAUCCAAUUAUAACGUUUGUACAAAGCUCUGUAUGAUACAUGAAUCGUCACGAUAAUUAAUAAUAGGCUUUAAAUACAAUUUCGUAUAAAUUUUUGAAGAACCAGAAAAGAGAAAGAUCAAGCUCUUCGUUCGAAUAGUCGCACAAAUGUAGAUUUUUUGAUAGUCGGUUUAUUUUUUAACAGAGAUACGAGAGAAACAACAAAACAUGCGCAAUCGGUACAGCAAAUAACAGACCCAAACAAAAAACGUUCUCUAUUUGUUCAUUUUUUUGUUAUGUCAGAUUGAAGCGUAAAUCUUGUAUGAUUAUUAUUAGCGUAUGAUGGAAAUUAAAUGUAUAAUUGGUCAGGCAUGACGGGGAUUUUAACGACUGUUUUUAGUUAUACUGUUCCGUGCCUGUGGUUAUAAUUAUAUAAUUAUCUAUCUAUCUAUCCAUCUAUCUAUCUAUCUAUUAUUGACUAUAUAAUUAUAUAUUGAGAUGUCGCGCCCUAUUGAAAAAACGAAUGAAUAUAUCGGCUCAUACAAUUUUUAUGACAUCCAGAAUUAAUAAAUUACAGACACGAAUUACCGAAUUGUAGCAUGAAUAACUCGAGAAGAGGAGAAGAAAAAAAAGAAACCACAAAAAUCGAAAAUGAGACAAAUCCACGACGGAAACAAUGAUACACGAAUAGCGUUUACAAAUUUUCCCACGUUAUGGUAGAAGCGCAGAUCGUAUGAGAUUUGAAAAGUAAAACAAGUUAUCCAUAAAACAUUCAAUCAUACUCGAUAAUCAAGAGUGAAUAUUUUUUCCUCGAAAUAAUUUGCUUUUUCAUAUCGGAUUUAUAUCGUGAAACGGAGAAGAUUGUGACAAUCUGUCUUCGAGCUGCACGAGACUAUAGUGAAUCUUUGACUGGACAGAAAGAAUAAAUAGGAACAAAAACUGUAAUACGAAAUAAAACGUACAAUAUAUACAAACUGUACACGAAUAAUGAAAGUAAAACAAAAGAGAUAUUAGUUAGUUGGAAGACAAAGAAGAAAACGAAAAGAGGACAGUGUAGGCGCACCUGCGGACAAUGUACACUCUAUUGAUUAACGUGGCACGAUUUAGCGUGCCUAUGCAGUUUCAGGGUAAAUUUUUAUUGUUAAUUACAAUGACUAGUCAACGACAGAGUGAGGAAUAAAAAGUACGGACAGAAGUAUAGAGCAAACUAAAAAAAUAGAAAAAAAUCAUUGUAAAAACCCCAACAAACAUAUGACGAAUUUGUAGAAUGAUUUCGUUUUAUAGAUCUUGCGCUUCAACCAUAGUAAAUUAUAUAAGAUAUGAAAAUUCGCAAGCUAAAAUCGGUACGACGAUCUGUAGUAUUUCAACUAUGCUUCCAUUCGACUCGACUGCAAAAGAAUCGGCUUACGAUAAUCGUUAAUAUUGGUCGAAUAAUAAUGUCACUUGUUAUUACGAUAUUAUUACUAGCAUUAUGUUCUUUACCGUUGAUUCUCUUAUUGUUGUUACUAUGAUUGUAUUAUUUUAAUUAUCAUUAUAAUUUACGGUUCGGAGCAAAACGAGCCAAUUCGAAUUACAAAGAACAGUUGCAGAGCAUAAUUGACCCGAAGAAAAUUGACAUCAUCAAGGUUACAUUAAUCAAAAGAGAUGGAAAAGAAAGUUGUUCCGAAAUCGCAAUUAUAAUACAUUUUACAUGUGCACUCUGCUCUAAACACUUUUCCAACGCUAUACCUUCUACGAUUAAAUUAAUAUCUCAAUAUCUCAAAUAUAUUGAUGAUUCUCUAUUUAUGGCAUACCUCAAGUCGGCAGCAUAAUUCGAUAGGAAACUUGUUGACUUGAAUUAUAAAAUAGGAAUAUUGAAGUAAAGAGAGAAAAAGAUGAGAUACGACGAGGUAUGGAAAUGGCACAAAUGUUUCAUGACAAACAUUAAGCGAAUUUUUAAUGAUAAAUCAUGAUAUUUUUGCAAUUGCAAGUAUUAGACCCUGUUCUAGUAUAGCCAAAAUAAGACUUUGUCAUGGUUUAAACCGAAACUCUGCUUCCGUUUAACAUUACUCGUGCCUCGUUCCAUACGGACUCUUCCAAUUUUUCGAGAAACAUUCACGUUUAGAUGACUUUUCAAUGAGUAAAAAAAAGAACCCCUCGAUAUAUACAUACGAUUUGUAAAUAUAUUGAAUAUUCAUGUAUAAUAAGACACACAGACACGCGUGUGCGUGUGUGCUGCGAAGGUUUGUUUUCCUAUUUAUUUCCGUCGAAUACGACAGUGUACUUGCCAAGAGUCAAAUAUACUUGAAAAAUCUCCUUAAAAGUCGUUAAGUUUGACAAUGUUUUUUUUUUUUUUUACUUGACACAAUUCUCGUCAAAUCAAUUGGAAGUUUUUUUUAUUGUUUUCUUGAAAGGAUGUGCAUUGAAUAGUUAAAAAAACGGUGGAAGCAAAGUAAAUUAAAAAAUGCAUAUCUUGAGGUUCAAUAUUGAUUCGUAUUAACCGCACUCGAAUGGGACACUAUCAGUAUAUAAAGGAUUAAUUUAAGGUAAUGAAAUGUUUUCUCCCGAGAAAUUCAGAAAAAGCUCCUUGUAAAAUUCUUAAUCUUGUAAUUAAUGCGUUUGCAUCCAAGAGGGUACUUGCACGCAACACUUGGAAUCACUUUUCUAUACAAAUAAAAUAUUAUAUUUUUGAUGAAUUCCAUUCGGAAGAGAAUAAUUUUUUGUUUCAAAUAUACAUACGAUGUCUUUACGUAAAUAAUGUUCAAUUGAUGACUAAUUAUUAUUUUUCAAAAACUUCAUUGGAAAAGUCUAAAACGGUUCAAGUAUCAUUGAGAAAUCAUAAAAUUUCAUUGAACAAAACCAAGUCAUUUUUAUUUGAAUUUUAUGCAAGUACCUUCUUAAUUGAACUCAAACAAAACGAUGAUAUUGAGAUAACAUAAUCUUGCAUACAUGUAUUUCAACCCCACACAGACUAGACGUGAUAGGUGAUAGGGCAUUAGUUUUGCAAAUAAAAUGGGAUAAAGUGCAUGAAAAGAAUAUGAAUUUUAUAAUCGAUUGGGGAAUAAAAAAACUCGACCACUUGGUGACAUAUGCAAUAAAGAGCUAACUUUUUAUGCCAUAUUUGGUCAAUCCCAACUAUGAUUUUCGAUAUCUUUACGCAACUGAUAUAUAAAUCUAUGGUGGAUUCAUAUACGAAUAUAUAUAAAACUCGUAUACUGACGUCGAUUGACAUUAAAUCUUGGAAAAGGUCGGCUAAGUGAUAUUGGAAAAGAUGUAGAUUUUCAUUUUUUUUCAAAUUUACUAUCAACUCGUUAAAAUCUUAUAGAGACAAGGAAGAUACUCGAAUCUUUUUAUCAAGGAUCAGUAAAUUUACAGCAUACACAUAUACCUAUAUAUUAUGUAUUUACGAAUUGAAAAACAAAUUGAAUCUUGCCUAUACUCGAUUCUUCAGAUUCUGGAUUUCAGGAAUACGCAAAGAAACUCACAAAACACGGAUCUCAUGCGGUGCCGCAUUGAUCUGGCAAAUAGCCGAUAAUAUGUUUUGAAUGAAUGUUCAAAAAAAGUUGAAUAAGGAGAGGAAAUCCCUUGAAUUGGCUGUUGAAAAACAUUUCUAAAUCAAGAGAUGCGGUAGCGUCUCGACGCCAUUAUUUUAUUUAUUACUUUUUGGAAUCAUUUUCAUUCUUGCCAAUUCCAAAUCCGUACUCUCGAAAAAAAAAAAAAAAUAUUGAAAAAAGUUACAAAUUUCAAAAUUUAUGAACUCUUUAUACCCAUAUCAUCAACGAUGAGAUAUAAUGGCAUUGUCGUUAAAAAGAGAAUUAUCUUAAUAUGGACAAUAUGUAGAAGUAUACAAAAUACAUAAGUUUGUUUUACAGAGAGGUGGGUGAAACCUGGCACAACGUUUUAUUCGCUCCGUGCGCGUACACAUACUUAUUUGAAAGUGAGCGUGUUUCGUGUAUACGUAUAGCUCUGUAUGACUCCAAAAACGCCGGAGCCCCCUUUAUGGUGGCGCUGGCAGUAUGCAUGAAUACACUAAUACUAUUAGUGCAGUAGUAUUAGAUUUUUGGCUCCGCCCACGCGCUCGGAACGAAUAGAAUUUUCGUGUUCUCCCGAUUCCUUGGUCUUUUUAAUUCUUUGAAAUCCGAAAAUAAAUCAUUUUCAUCCAAAAUUUCCAUAGUACUCCUUGCCGGAGGGAAAAACUUCUCGGAAACAAUAAAAUAUUAUGCUAAUUCAGUUGAAUCAAUGAAAAAAACCAAUGAUUUUAUUUUCUCUUCUUUAUAGCAUGAAUAUCGGAGGAAAAUAGAGUAUUUUUUUUUUUUAACAAAGUGAAAAAGGUAAUUGUUCCGUGAGAUAAGCGAGGCCUACAUUUCUUAAUAAUUUUGAAACAUGCCGGAUAAACCAGAACGAUAGACAGAUACGUUGUUGAUAAAUGGAAAAAUUUGUCUCAGUCCAUCUUCGAAGGAAGGCUAUUGAAAUGCCCCUUUAUUUUUAUUUUUAUUUUUUUUCAUACCAAGACAGUAGAAAAUCCAUCGAGAGGAAAGUAGUAAUUGGAAAUGCAUUUAAAAUUGAGGAGUUUUAUUAUAUUUAAUCCUAGUAUAAUAUUGAUGGAAUAGGAGAAUGGUUGAUUCAAGAGUUUAUCUAAUGCUUGAUCGAAGGUUUCUGUUGAAGAAAAUAAAUGGAUAUAAUUUGAAAAUUAAAAUCCUUAAAUCAUUCGUCUCAAUGCCUGUUCGCACGGUAUUAAUUUGAGAUUUUCAUGAAAUUAUCACAAGAUAUUAGACAGUCAAAAAAAUUGUGAGAAACAAUUCACCAAUUUUCUCGAAACAUUCCUAUGACUCGAAUCCCCUUUCAUAGCGAUAAAAAAUCAAAGUAUUUUUUAUUGUUUCCACAACUCGGAGUCAAAAUUAUUUAGUGUCAAUCGAAGAUGUGAGAAUUCACAGUAGCAUGAAAAAUUUGUAAUAAAGAAAUGGAUACAUGUUCACAGGAAAACUAACCAACAAGUGUAUUUCACCGUGGAAUAGAAGAAAAAACCUAUUUAUAUUUGUCACGAUUUCAUGGUGAAAUUAUUCCGUAAGCGUUGAAAAUGAGCAGACAUUGAUAGAAAAAUCGCGCCAUAAUCGUACACUAUAAUGUGGAAAGUGUCGGUGGUUAAUAAAAUUACUGAUUUUCUAGUAACGACUGAUAUACCGCGAAUGGGAGGAGGAGGGUUUUUUCAAUGAAUUUUGUUGGGCAUACAGAAAAUAAACACGAAAAUUUUCCAAUGAAUAAUUUCAAGUAGCGUCAUACAGAAAAAAAAAAUAAGCGGAAAAUGAAGGAAAGAGUAAUGAGCAACAGUCUUCCGCGCGAUGAAUCAUAGAACUCACGUGAUAGCAACUCGUAGAGCUGAAAAUAUCUUCAAGAUUGUGAAGAAAUGUAUUUGGAGUUAAACAUUGAGAGCCGCGAAAAUGUAUAUGGAAAAAAUGCGGGUAAACGGAAAAGAUUAUUGAACAAAAAACAAAAUGUAAGAAAAAAUAAAAACAUUUAUGUAUGGAAGGGUUUUUCAAUAUCGAUAUUAACAUGAAUAAUUGUUGAUGAGUGCACCGAGGAGAAAACUCGAGAAAUGUAUGCGUGUAAUAAUUUAUAUCUUAGAUAUGUCAAGCGUUAUUAUCUUUACGCGACGUAUCCGAUAAGCAAGAAUAAAAGAAUCAAUCGAAAACGUUGUUUGAUAUAUUAUAAAUUAAGUGAGCAUCAACAAAAAUUGAAUUAGACAGGUUUCGUACCUAAUUCCUAUUAUUGAACAACGCAAUUAAGUUAUUAUUUAUGUAAUGAAUAUCAUGUACUGAGGUUGAAAAAGCGAUGGAAAUAAAUUAAUAUUAUCCUACAUUA